UAUGGUUGGAGGUUCUGUGCUCCAGCAUGGCGGCUGUGGAAAAGUGGUAUCAUCCGUGGUCGUUCCUUCGCAGUCCUGGAUGGGUGCAGAUCAAGUGUGAGCUAAGGGUCCUAUCAAAGUUUGCAUUCAGUCUUUCUCAAGAUUGUGAGUUACCUGAAAAGAAAGAGGAGAAGGAGCAGAAACCGCUGAAGGAAGGCGUGCAGGACAUGCUGGUGAAGCAUCACCUCUUUAGCUGGGACAUAGACGGUUAAACAAAACACUACAUGUGGUCGUACACUCCUCUCUGCUGCAGUCCUGCUCACGUUUGUCUUUUUGGAAGCUGACUAAAAAGACAAACCAGGACACUUGGACACUAAAUCCUCCUGCUGUCGGCAUGGAAACGCCCACUCCUGACUCUUAUAAAGUCCAGCUGAUUCUUCAGAAGUGCCGAAGCAAAACCUACAGCAUAUCUACGGCAAAGUUUAUUUUUAUUCACACCCUACACUCAAAGCUCCACUACAAGAUGAAAACAUAUUUAUAGAAAUGUAUAUAUAAAACACUCCUGCAGUGCAGAAUAUUGUGUACUACUGUGUUCCAACAGUAUUCCUUCAGUACACAGCACUUUGUCAUCUCUUCUCUUGCACAUUUAGAGGUGAUCGCCCUAAAAGUGUUCAGUCUAUUUCCUCCUCAGUGUUGAGUACAGAGAACAGCACUCUUCAACUUAUUAUUGAGAGGAACACAACUCUGUCUACAAGUGGAUUGAAUGUUUCAGUGCUGUAAUGUUACCAUAGUGACUCACAACUGUGUGCUACCUUUGAAUGGUAGGGAAAAUAUACUUGUACAAUAGAUCAUGUACACAAAGUGAAUCAUUUUUGUGUUGUAUAAAUACAUGUUACAAACAACUACCA